UCAACGAAGUGCCAAUUUAACACUUUUACUAAACGUGGACCUGCAGAAACGAAAUGGGCAGUAUUGGACAACCUGGGGCAAGCAACGUGACCGCCACCGUUCAGCCGGUGGCCGGCGCGUACUAUCCGUACGGGUUGCCCGGAACCGACGAACCGUACGAUAGUAGCUUCCACAUCUUUCCACCGGAUUACUGCACCCCGGAGUACGACUACCGGACUGAGCUCCUCGACAGCAUGCGAAUGGCGCCAUCACAGCGAUCGCAACGGUUCCACAUCAGCAACAUCUUAGAGCUCAACAACCAGCAACAACAGCAGCAGCACAGCGACAGCGCCAAAGAUCAGCCCAUCAUUUCGAACCUUUCCUCGUCCGGCUCCCUGCAACAGCAUCACCAAGCUUUCCACCCUUUCACCAUUUCCGAGCUAGAAACCCAGCCACAUCAUCACCAUCCAGCCCCAUCCGGCCCAGGACUGGAAGGUGGUUCGUCCGGGGGUCCUUUCCCCGGGAACGGCUCUACGGAGGAGUCCAGCCAUCUCCCGUAUGGUGCUGGGGAUUCUUCGCAUGCUGCCAGUUGUUUGCCGCUCCAGUCUGCCGUCAAUCCUGCCACCGUUAGUUCCACGAUUCCAUAUGACCCGCCGCCAUACUAUCCGUAUGCACACCACCAUCAUCUGUUUGGGGGUGCAGGUAGCGGCCUGGGGACUCCGCCGACAGUGGAUCCGUCCAGGUCGACCUAUCCCUAUCAUCAUGCCAACGUCAACCUUGAUUAUGUACCGUCGGUAGUACAUGACGCCAACAGCAGCCAUCAGCUCAGCCCGGAUACCACGUCACCUGGACCGGAACUUUAUUCGUUGGCUUCCUACAACAACAUACCGCGCGUAGUGAACGAGGCUUCCGACCGGUUGGCUGCCCUUGCCGAGCAACAUUUGUCCCAGGAUGGCCCCUCGGCACUCGAUGCAGAGUGUUCCGUGGAUACGAACAACAACCCAAAUCGCUCCUGUGACAACGGCACGCCGGACGACUUCGAGUCUCCGACACACCCCGUUGGCCGUUCCAGUGGGACACGUGGGGGCCAAUGUUCCAGCCAAUCGGGCACUACGGGACACAAGAAACGGAAGCGACGCAUUCUGUUCUCCAAAACGCAAACUUUCGAGCUUGAGCGACGUUUUAAGCAGGCCCGUUACCUAUCGGCACCGGAGCGCGAACAUCUGGCCAGUGUGAUCAAUCUGACGCCGACGCAGGUGAAGAUAUGGUUCCAAAACCAUCGCUACAAAACGAAACGGGCGCAAACGGAGAAGACCGCUACCGGGUACGGUCCGGUCGUCGGUAGCAAUCCUCCGAAAAAGGUUAACGUUCCGGUGCUAGUGAGAGACGGAAAACCUUGCUCGGAUGCCCUACAACAUCAGCAACACCAGCAUCAUCAUCAUCAUCAGCAGCAGCAACAACAUUCUCAUCAGCAUCCUGCUUCGGCUCACUUUCUAACGAGUGUCCACCAUUCGUCCUUUGGUGGUGUUCCCGUUGGAGGUAUACACGCACCGGUCCCGGGGAUCCAUUCCGGACAUGGCGCUUCACCGCGUAUGUGGUGAAAUCCCUGCGAUAAAGGGAGUACUAUUUUAUGUGCAAUAACCAGGCCAAGU